AUAUAAAAGGGCUGGGUGAACGAGUUGAAUCCUUACCACUCUGGCCUUUUGGCUUAGAUCAAGUGUAGUAUCUGUUCUUAAUAGUUUAACCACUAUUAUGAGGGCACCGCCCUCAUUCUUUGGUUAUCAAAUUUUUGCCGCCCUUGUUUCUUCGAGCUCUGCUUGCAACUCGGAGGACAUGAUGACCUUGCUACUGCACUACUGGCCUGCGUCGUCGGGGGUUUCCCUUUUGGAUUUCGGUUUCUCUUUGUUUGGUAACUACUCCAUAGUCUCUUGGCUAUGUAUGGUGCCCGGCAAACAGAAUUCGUACUUCACGCGCACGGAAAUGUUAUCACCAGACCAGGGGGCAUGA